UGUGUUCCACUGUCCAACAGCCCUUACUCUCAGGAAGUUCCUCCUAAUGUUGAGCUGGAAUCUUUUUUCCUGUAGCUUGUAACCAUUACUCCAUGUUUUAGUCUGGAACAGCAGAAAACAAGCUUGCUCCAUCCUCAGUGUGACACCCGCUCAAAUACCUAAACAAGGCUAUCACAUCACCUCUGAAGAAAAUGUUUGUUCAGAAACUGUUUUUAUAUGACAAAAGAUUUAAUUGCAUCUUAUGAAAUCUCCAAACUGAUAGCCAAAGAAGGAAAAUGACACACUGUAGGGGAAUCCUUUAUUUUGCCAGCAGUGUCUGUUGUUUUUUCAACCAACAUACUUGUGAAAUUAUAAAAUGCAUCCGUUUGAGCAUGUCACCAGUGUUGACAUGUAUUGAAGAAAUGGAAGAAGAUGUGGAAAAUCAACUAGUCCCACAGUUAAAUGUUCAGAAGUUCAGAAGACUUCACACACUUACUAUUGCAUAAAAAAGUCUGUUGGCUGUCCAAAAGUAACUGCCUUUGUCAUUUUGUUGCUUUGUGAGACUCAUUUGUGACAUUUUUCAGAGGCAUGGAAGUGGAAGAAAAGGAUUUCUUUGGCGUCAGUAUGAUUGUCCCAUUAUUAAGCCUUCAUGUCAAGUCUUUAGGAGUGAGCCCAACAGUUGCAGGAGCGGUAGGAUCUUUAUAUGGAAUACUGCAGCUGUUUUCCAGCACAUUAGUGGGAUCUUGGAGUGAUGUAGUAGGAAGACCAUAUUGCCUUCUUGUGUGCAUUCUCUUCAGUGCAUUGGGUUAUUUUGUGCUUAGUAUGUCCACUAAUAUUUUCUUAUUUGCGCUUGCUCGCAUCUUUGUUGGUAUUUUCAAGCACACACAUUCAAUUUCAAAAGUUCUCAUCUCUGAUCUGGUUCCUGAGAAGGAGCGCCUCUUAGUAAUUGGACAUUUCAACGCAGCCUCUAGUUUUGGUUUCAUCUUGGGACCUGCUGUUGGAGGCUACCUGACAGAGCUAGAGGGUGGGUUUUAUCUGACAGCAUUCAUCUGUGCUUCUAUCUUCAUCUUAAAUGCUGGUGUUUUCUGGAUGCUGCUACAACAUGAAAAAAACACCCAUGGUAAUGAAUGGAUCACUGUUAACAAGGCAAGAGACAUUCUCUCAACAGAGGUCAAACAAAGCCGUCAGCUUCAGUCUCUAUCUCAUGUUAAGUACAGUGCUCCAGCUGAAUCCUCUUGGACACAAGUUGUAUCUGUGCUCAAGAGACUUGGCAGCAUUGCAAGGUCCGAUCUGUGGGAUGUUUUUUUGGUACGGCUGCUGAUGUCUGUUGCAGUAAUGUUGUAUCAUAGUAAUUUUGUCUUGGCACUUGAAGAGAGGUUUGGGUUGAAGCCUAAACUCACUGGCUACCUCAUAAGCUAUAGCAGCACACUUGGAGUGGCUGCUGGCUUUCUGCUUGGACCAAUCACAAAACUGUAUCAGCAGAAUACCUAUGCCAUCUUGCUACGGUCUACUGUUCUCACAUGUGUGCUCAUGCUGCUAUAUUCUUUAUCAGAAAAUGUAUGGACAGUGGUCGUAUCGUCAACAUUUUUAGCUUUUUCAACCACUGUAGGACGCUCUUGUGUUACUGACCUUGAAUUGACGUUGGGGGGUAAUGAGGCCAGUGGUAUGCUCAUUGGCAUUGGUCAGUCUGUCUCAGCCGUGGGCCGUAUAGUUUCCCCUCUUCUCUCAGGAAUUGCCCAGGAAUUCAGCCCAUGUGGCCCCUCCUUUCUUGGUGGUCUUUUGGGAUUUGCAGCUGUUCUCAUCAUGAUCUUGAAUAAAUCACGAUAUUCUGGCAGCAGGAGCACAAAACUGAAAAGCACAUAGUGAACACUUUGUAACACUCUUACAUAAAUCAAAAGAAAAUGGCAGAGAAAUAAAGAUGUUUUAUCAAAGAUUGUAAGUGUUCGAAAGGCUGUGUUGCAUUUAUAGAAUGCUUUGAAAAGGGCCAUUGCAGAAACAAGGAAGAAGCUGUGUGGCUCUCCUGGAUUUAUUUAUUUUUUUUAUCCAACCUGUCAACUAAACAGUCAUGAUCUGAGAUAGCCAACGGGACAGAAGUUGGAUGGAUAAAGAAUACCCCUGGCUGUAGCACAAAGGGAAGGUUAUCGAACACAAUCAUAGCAUUAAUGAUUUUAAAUUAUGCAAAAAUCCUUUUUUUAAAAAAAAACCUGCCAAGACUAUGACAACCUGUGUAGUGAUCCAGCUUGAUCUCAAAAUGUAUGGCAUCCUUCCAUGAAAAAGGAUCUCAUUUUGUUGCUGGAAAGGCUGUCCCACAGGGCUGCACUCCCUGCACAUAUGUGCAGCUCCAAAAGUUGGUAAAUUAUUUUUAUGUCAUUUAUAAAAUGGUGUUUGCUAUCACUCUUGCCUUAAAACAGUAGCACUAUAUACUGUAUUAUAGAUGAAGGUAUCUCCUUAUGUACUGUAGUCUAGAUUCUUGCUGUUAAAGAGCACUAUUGUUUCACAGGGUCCAGCCAAACUGGAAUUUGCAAAGCAAAGAAACAAGCAGGAAGACAGUUCUUCAUUGUGGUUUCAAAGGAGCUGCCCACUUUCUGUCAUUACUCCUCAAUGAAGUCUUGGUCAAGAUGUGCUUUUUCCUGUUCUGUCUCUAUUCACAAGUCUCUCUUGUGCUUGCAGUGCCGGACAACUGCCUUCUACAAUGGGUGAAGCUUGUGAGGUUUGCAGUUCUCUCCCUCUGAAUGCCAAUACACAUUGCUGAGAGUUCAGUUUGCUUGGAAGGUUGCCCAGUUUGAGAGUAUGGAGAAAUGAUCUGGAUUGAGGAUUCCUCUUUUAUUUUAAAGUCAAAAGGAUGAGUUUUGUACACAGAAGCAUGAGUUUUGCAUAACAUCAAUGUACUGAACCUGAAAAUAGAACUGCUGCAUAUAAGGUUGAGAGCAACAAACAUUCACUAGUACUGCACCAUUCUGAAUUAAAAAUGAGUUGAGCUCUCUUCAAAAGUUAGCACAUAGGUUGGUCACAGUUUUCUUCACUACCCCUCACUCAUACCAAGGACCAGCUAUUUGAAACAGAAACUUUGUUAAAAAUCAAAGCGAUUUGAAAUCAAAUGUGGACUCCUGUCUAAAUAAAGUGUUAGUAUAGACCUUCACAGCUUGUACUCGAGCACAAUGAAGCAUCUUUACAUUUGAACCUUCAGUGCACAUGUAUGCGUUUGUAGUCAUUGCAAGUCUGAGGCAUACAGCAAAAACAUGAACCUUUGAUGCGCUGUGCUCAGUGGAUGAGUCAUGAGUUCUACAGGCUUGCUUUAGGAAAUAACUAAAUAGAAAAGUAUCAGUCUGCAAAGAGAAUGUUACAUUCGAGUAGAGUCUUAUCAAGCAGAAAUAAGUGAUUUCAGGAAACCUGAAACCUGGCGGUCUCCUGUACCGUAAGAAUAAGGGGAUGAGGAUGUUCAACAUUUUCCUUGCCCACUGCCCCAAACUGCAUCACUUCCUCUCUUCUCCAUCCUCCAUGAUAUUUUGGCUACAUGUUUUGCCAAUGAACUGAAGAUGAGAACUCCACAGUGGCUGUGGGUAGAGUUGGUUUGAAGAAUGGUACAUUGGAUAAUAGUUUCCAAGGGUGAUUUGGAAACUAUCAUUCCAUGUACCAUUCUUCAAACCAACUCUUGUCAAGCAUUUGCUUUCAGCAAAUAAGUCAUCUCUUCCAUUUGAAAUGGUCAGGAUCAGGGUGUUAAGUAGGUGCUUCUGAGCCAUUUGCUCAGAAAUAUGUCAGGUACAUGAGACUUAUUUCCAGGAAAGUGAGCAUACAGUGGCAAACUAAAGCCAAAUAGGGCACUUACCUGCCGACAACCCCAAAUUGUAUUUUCUUUGGGAACUACAACAUUUCUUUUGAAACCUGGCACAGAACACUUAAUCAGAUUAUUUAUAUUAUGUACAGUAAUUGACUAAAGAUCCAGAAACUGUUUUGGUUUGUUUGGGAGAAGAAAAGCUAUGAAAAUGUGGUCUUGUGGAUGUGUUGUAUUUUGUUUUAAGGCACUUUUGCAAUACUUGUUUCAAGGUUGUCUGAAUUUUUAUCUACAAUGUAACUGUUCCUAAAAUUGCACUAUAAUGUUGAUAAAGGGAAAUAAAAGGGAAAUUAAUACU